AUGGGAAGGACUCAUAAAUCCUUUCGCCCUCAAUCGGCCAUAAUGCCACCUAACCUCCACCUCCUCGCCGCCGCCGGAAUCACCGCCCUUCUCCUCAUUGUGCAAAGUUCCGCCGCUAAAAACCCACAAUUUAGGGAAGCCCCUGCAUUCCGCAACGGCAAAGAAUGCUCAAAAUCCCUAUGGUCAAACAACGCCGCAGUGCACGUCAACGCCACCAUUCAUAUAGCCAUGACCCUCGAUUACUCCACCCCCUACCUCCGCGGCUCAAUCGCAGGUGUUUUGUCGGUGCUCCAACAUUCCACCUGCCCUGAAAACACCGUCUUCCAUUUCCUUGCUACACCGCACCACCACCCACACCUCCGUCGCACCAUCACUGCCACAUUCCCUUACCUUAAUUUCCACCUCUACCCCUUCAACCCUACCACCGUCAUUCACCUCAUCUCCUCCUCCAUCCGCCGGGCCCUCGAUCAGCCCCUCAAUUACGCCCGCAUCUACCUACCUGACCUCCUCCCCCCAACCGUCACCCGCAUCAUCUACCUUGACUCCGACCUCAUAGUCAUUGACGACAUUGCAAAACUCUGGCAAAUCAACCUUAACUCUCACGUCUUAGGUGCCCCCGAAUAUUGCCAUGCUAAUUUCAGCCACUACUUCACAUCAAGAUUCUGGAGAAGUCCAGCAUUUUCCACAGUAUUCAAAGGCCGUAAGGCAUGUUAUUUCAACACCGGCGUGAUGGUAAUUGAUUUGACAAAAUGGAGAACUCACGGGUACACAGAAAAACUCGAGUACUGGAUGAGAAUUCAAAAGAGGUACAGAAUCUAUGAAUUGGGUUCAUUGCCUCCAUAUUUACUAGUUUUCGCCGGGAAUGUUGAAGGAGUAGAGCACCGGUGGAAUCAACACGGACUCGGCGGCGAUAAUCUUGAAGGUUUGUGCAGGGAUCUGCAUCCGGGUCCGGUGAGUUUACUCCACUGGAGUGGUAAAGGGAAACCAUGGUUGAGAUUGGAUGCUAAGAGGGCUUGCCCUCUGGAUAAUCUUUGGGCGCCGUAUGAUUUGUUCCGCCAUGAAUAUUUGUUUUCAGACAGUUGA